AUGGCGGGUAGCGAGCACCCGUGUUGUCAGCCAAUGUUUUGGGUGUAUCUGAUGAUUUGCGUGGCGCUGGUGAUGUUUGCCGGCCUCAUGUCGGGGCUCACUCUGGGCCUCAUGUCCCUCAGCCUCGUCGAUCUCGAAGUCCUCGUCAAGGCGGGGCGCCCUCGGGACCGUGCGAACGCCGGUCUGUUCCAUUGCUCCCUGGUUUUAGCUCGAUUCCUUCAUUGAAUAUCGUGAGUCAUUCUAGCUAAACUCUUCACAGCUAAGAUCCUUCCCGUGGUAAGAAACCAGCACUUACUGCUCUGUACCCUGCUCAUCGGCAACGCCCUUGCGAUGGAGGUCUGCCUGCAUCCUAUGUUCCAUAUUUGUUCUCAUUCUUUUGAUGUGUGUGGAAUUGAAUUUUUUCUUUCCUUCUUUCAAAUCUUCACUCGUAGGCACUGCCCAUAUUUCUUGAUACGUUGGUUCCGGCGUGGGGGGCCAUCCUGAUAUCUGUGACGCUUAUUCUCACAUUUGGAGAGGUAAGACCCCCGGAAGGUCCCUCCUUCCCCGUCUUUCCUCUUCACUUCGGAGGGUUGUUUAUUAGAUUGGAUCCAACGUAAAAUUGAGAGAGAAGCGUCAAUUCUUUUGUUUCCUGACUUCUGUAUUCAUUUCCAGAUCAUCCCUCAAGCUGUAUGUUCACGCUAUGGACUGAGCGUUGGAGCCAAGUUGUCUGGAGUAGUUCGGAUCCUUCUACUGGUGUUCUUUCCCAUAGCGUACCCAAUUAGUAAGGUGAUUCAGUUUCCGUAAUCCUAUCAUGUCUCUUCUUCUGUUCUCAAAAAGGUAAUGUUCUUGGCAUUUUACUCUAACAGCUGUGUGAUGACCACUCCUUGUCGUAUAGACCACUUGCACUUAUUCACGAUUAUUUCAUUUAGGUCGGUAUGGAUUUUAUUAAAUCUUCAAGGUCUUUAUUGUGUUGUGUGCUGACCUUGGUUGAAUCCUAUGAUUGACUCGACCAUCAGCCCCAGGGAAGUCGUGUCUCAUUCUAGACUAGUAGCUGCAUGUUACUCUUGGGCUUGAAAGAUGUUUCUUCUUCUAAUUAUAUUUCGAGACGAAUUCUUAAAGUUUACAUUGCUUGACCUUGGUGCAGUGCAAACAGGAGCAGAAAGGUUCAUUUUUACCAUCAUUUCUCACAUCCGAAUCUUCAUAUUUAUAAAACCAAGCUAGAUCAAAUGUUUUUUCCAAAGAGUCUAGUGAGCACAUUAUAUAGAUUACUGAUAAUAAGAUGGUGUAAAAAUCAGGAUUAUGACAACCUUGUGGAUUCCCAUUAAUAUGUCCAGCAUUUUUCAUUAGUUUUUCUUUGUCAGUUCCUUGAGAAUUUUCAUACUCUCUCAAUCGCUUGUUUCCUAAUGAUUUCUCCUACAUUCAUUCAGUUAGUUGUUUUCCCUUUAAUCGAUUUCAAAAACUUCAUGCCCUCCUAAUUUUGAUUCUUAUUCAAUUCAUCUUGAAACUACUAAGAUUUUUUUUUAUAUAUCUCUUGGGAAGAUCUUGGACUCGCUUCUUGGAAAGGGGCAUUUUGCACUGCUAAGAAGGGCUGAGCUGAAGACGUUAGUUGACAUGCAUGGAAAUGAGGUCAGUCUCUCACAUUUGUCUCUCGUUUUUUGGUAACUCUUCGAUUGCAGUUAAAACAGUGUAAUCUGAACAACUUUGGACAUUCUGAUGAGAUCUCCAAUGGGUCAAUUAUUGAAGGAACUUGGUGUUCAUAACCAGGCUACUAAGUAUCCGGGCUCAAUACAUCAAUCUAAAACUUAUUCGUUAGGGUAAAUUGUACCUUAAUUACUACUAUUCGUAUUUUAGUAGUGAAUAGUCAUGAUGUAACAGUAUAAUUAAUGUAAUAAUUAUAGCAUUUUCAUCUAGUUCCAAGUAAUAUUCUUAUGUGAGAAGGUAUCGUGGGAGCUAUUUUACCGUCGAGUUAGUAAAUUGCCACCGGUUAAAUAUAGAACACAGAGCUUUAGUCUGUGUACAGCUCCCAUUCAAGGGACGGUUUAUGAUCUCGCUAUUAUGUUUGAAGAGUAUAUGAUUACCAACAAAUUCAAACCUGUAGGUUCUUAAUGGUGGCAUUCCAUAUUUGUGGAGUAAUGGGACAUCACAGAUUCUCCUAGGAAAAUUUAUGACUCUUUUUUACUUAUCACAUCAACAGGAUCUUUGGUUCAGACUCGAUGAAGUUGAUUGUGAUGAGAACACCCAAUCCCCAGUGAGAUACUGGAAAUUUUUGAAAUGAGAGCAAGAAAACCAACUAUGUAUUUUCUAAUUUUUCCACCUUCUGCCUUUCCUGGAUUGCCCAAACAGGCACCAUCUAUAUCCAGUUUAUUCUCUCCAUGAGAUGCAGUAUUCUAGCUGAUUAUGUUACCCUUUGAGAGAUUUGUGGAAGAAAGAUACUGGAUAUGAAUAUGAUAUCCCAAUCCUUAGGAUUAUACUUCAGAUAUUUAUUGGAGCUCAUGUAUGUUUCUUUCUUCUUUCCGUUUCACUUCAGUACACCUUAAAAUGUAGUAAACAGACCAUAGGGAGGCUUGUUAAUGUGGUAAAGCAUUUUUUUAUUAUAUUCCUUUAUACAAUUGGUUCCUACUAUUUGAUCAGGUUUUAUGCAAGAUUCGUUGAUUUUGUCUUCUUAUAAAUCAUAUCAUGGACAAUUUCUUACACGUCAUAAUUUGGUUUCAAAAAGUGUUUUCUAGAUUAAUAAUCAUACUUUACUUUAGGAAUCAUCCAAUUAUUUCGUCAUUUUAAUUUUUCUCUAUUGUAUGUUAGGCAGGGAAAGGUGGAGAGUUGACUCACGACGAAACUACUAUUAUCACCGGAGCUUUGGAAUUGACACAAAAGACCGCUAAAGAUGCCAUGACACCAAUAUUAGAAACAUUUUCCCUGGACAUAAACUCUAAGCUGGACAUGUAUGUUGUUUAUUUCUUCUGGAACUAUUUUCAUUAAGUUUUUGGGCUGUUCUGAUUGUUCAUUGUUUACCCUCUCUUAGGAACACAAUGGGUUUAAUAAUGAUGAAGGGGCAUAGUCGUGUGCCUAUUUACUCUGGAGGGCCCACAAAUAUUAUUGGCCUUAUUUUGGUGAGCACAUAUACUGUCGUAUUGUUAUUAGGAUAAUGAUUAGUCAUGGUUUCAGCCAAAUUUCCUUUCAGUUUAGCAAUCCAAACUUCGACCACAAGAACAUAGCUUAUAGGUCCAACAUUCAGGAAAUUAAAACUGAUGGAAAAUAUUGAUGAGAAGAAUGCAAUUCCAACAAUGGUUUAGCUGUAAUAGUUGCCUUAUCAAUAAUAUAUUUUCGUAGAAAAGUGUUUACAACUAGUUUGGUCUCUUGGGAAUCCAUCCCUGUUUAAUUGCCUGUUACUGAUGUUGGAGUAUAACGGAAAGGCCACAUUGAUUUUAUUGAGACGAUUAAUUAUUAAAAUAACAAUAAAUAACGAUGAUGUGCAAAGUGUAAAUCAAAUAAUUGAGUUUAAAUUCAUUGAGCUGUAUGAUUCACUAUUAGAUGUGUUAUUGAAUUACGGAUGAACGAAUUUUAUAUUCUUUAGGAAGAAACUCCCAUUCAUUCAGAGAUCAACAAUGUUUCAAAUCAGCUAUUUUGAGCACAGAGUCAUCCGCCUCGUCUCCACAACCAUUUGAAAAUAAAGGCUCUAUUAAAAGUAUUUUUUUGGUUAAAUUAACUCCCAUUUUUCCAAAUUUCCCUUUACUUUGUCAGAUGCAAACCUCUUGUAUCUCCACUAGCUACAUUCGAAAAGGUGUCAAGCGGCUUCAACUUGUUUCUGGUAGAUUUGGCAUCUUAAGAUUGACACUAUCCAAAGCUAAGCUGAACAACAUCAGUGUUGAGAGAAUUCUUAUACCUCCCAAAAUACAACCUUCCUACCCUCCAAAUUUCAGGAAAAUCUUGAUAUAUUUAGCGUGGCCAUUUGGUAAAUUUCAUAUAUAUUUCAGAAUUUAUCAAGCAUCCAAAUCAUAUAUAUUAAUGAAAGACAUAAUGUGUCAAUGAGGUGGUAGCGACAGUCCAGUGAUUACGUCACAUUCUGUGGCAAAGUAACUUGUCUCCCAAAUAUUUUGCUUGUCUGUGGCAUUUAUGCUAUUUUUUGGCAUAAUUCAAUAACCUCUAAUAGAUUCCAUGAAUGUUUUAGUUAUCCUGCACAUAUUUCGAAAAUUAAUUGUUAAUUUCUUGAAGGCCUUCAUAAGAAGUAAACUGUCGUAAGUUAAUAUGACGAACCUUUCAAUAUGUUCCAGCGCAUUUACUGACAGGUUGGCGUUUCAUAGGCUUCCUAACGUAAAGGAUGUGAAUGGAUCUGUACUGCCAACUGCCUAAGAAUAAUCUUUCGUUUUCUGUUUGGGGCAUACUUAAAUAGGCUGAUAAACGUCCUAGUGGAAGUGCAACCCAGUUGAGAAAAGGACUCCACUGGGUAGGAAUUGAAAACAGCUAUUUUCUAAUUUGCCGUUGAUUAUCAAUCUUGUUGCAUUGUUUAUGUAAUGAAGAGGACUGGUAAAAUUGGAAUCUUUCUUGUAGAACAAGAUGUAGGAUCCAGUUAGUUUUUCGAUAUGUUCAUGCUUUGCAAUGUCAUCCUUGUAAGAGUGAAAAAAUAAAAGUUUUAUAAUCAUUAAAACUUGAUGUUUAUAAGUAACAUGUGCCUCAGUUAAGCAGAGGUGUUUAAUGCUUUCCAGAAUGAUUACGACUUUAGUCAUUAUAUAGUUAUAUAUAUAUAUUUCUCUUUGCUGAAUUCAGACUCGGUGUCUAACACAAUCAAAACGCGAUACAGAACAUUCUUAAUAGAAUGAUCCUGAUGUUAUCUGCCACAUGCAUUGGGAAUAUGCUUGAUGUUAAAACACCCACAAACCUUGAAAGAAUAAAUUUCUUCAGCUCUAGGCUUUAUUUGAUUUUUCUUCCAUUUUACUAUAUUAGCGUGCUUAUUUUGUUUAUUUAAGAUUCCUGUUUAAUAAAUUAUGCAUAGUUUUCAAUCAUCCGAACUCAAUAAAAGUCUGGUGUGACAAUUAUGUAACUUAACAGUAUUUCCUUUUCAGGUUAAGAAUUUAAUUACUUGUCGACCUGAAGAUGAAGUUCCUGUUAGAGAUGUUACUAUUAGAAAAAUUCCUAGGUAUAUCUCUCAGCAAAGCUCCACUCUGCGAUUUUCAAAGGCUCACUCUGUUCUUCAUUAUUUUUUUUCUGUUAUCCUGAUAAGCUGAGAAGCUGAUAAGCUGAGAAGCUACGAAAAAUGAAGAAAAUCAUUCUAAUUGUUAUUGAAACUGAGAAGCUGAUUUUAUUGAUAAUAAAAGGAUAAGCUUUUUGAUAACUUGUGAUGAUUUUAUAUAUGAGGUUUAAGACUAAGGACUAUAAGAUUUCGAAAAUAAAAAUCUACUAAAAAUUAAGCGAAUAUGAUAAUGUUUUCUUUGAUGAAAGUUAGAGGUUAAGCUGUGCUGAAAAUAAACUAAUUGUACACACGGCUCUCACUUCUAAAUUUAAGUGUGGACUUUGGUGUGGACAACUCGAGGUGCUGACGGCCCACUGACAUGUGUUGGUGGAUUGAAUUCAAAAUAGAUAUCAGAUUGCAUAAAGUUGACACAUGUGACAAUAACUUGGCUUGGUAUGAAGAAAAUCUCGGCAACCCCCUAACAUGGGUUGACACAUCUAAUUUGGAACAGAAACCAAAACUAUACAAGUCAACACCAUCAAUAGUCUCAAAGAGUGUGUUCACAGCCCACUGACAAUUGUUCUCCAGUACAAUAUGGGAAAUAAAAAAUAGAAGAAUCUAUGGAGAUUGAUGUCUAUUUUUAAGAUGCCUUGGAUUUUCUUUCGUCAAGUCAAUAAUUCUUAACUGAUGUAUUAGACAAUGGACACUCAGAAUCAUAGAGCCUCUAACUUCUUAAUGAAGUCUGUCGCAGCACAUCAAUCAACAAUUGAUAUGACUUGUGAAUCCGACUGUUAUGUUAUAUUUAUGUCAUUGAAAUGUCCUCUUCGAAGUUUGCCUUAAUAGUGCAUGAAGAGAGUAUUUGGAGCAAUGAUUUAUAGUUUUUGAUUCUUGGUUUCUUAAGAGUCUGUCAAACUUUGAUGAGUUGGAUCAUUUUUUUGCAAGUUGAAUGCUGAUCUGCGACUGCACCUGACGAUUUGGCCUACCCGACAUUGGAUAGAAUAUAGGAAGAUUAGCCCAUAGUGAAAAUGCUAUGGGCAGACGAGCAUUAGAAACAAGUUAAUUUUAUACAAAGCUGCAAACAAAGUCUCCCCUCCUCGUAUUUCUUUUUCCUUCAUUUUUGUGUUGGGGUUUGUAGCCAGCUUCCAUCUUGUUACAUUGUGAAUCAGGUUUUGCAGUUGUCAGUUGCGAGGUUGCUGCCAGAGACAGCCAUCCAAUAUUUUUCUCCCCUACAUUGAUUCUUUUCCUCUUCACCCAUCCGUUUUUUGGCCCGUUAUUGUCUGGCAAUUUCAAGUCUGAUCCUGUAGUGCUGAUCCUGUAGAAUGUCUUUGAAGCGAAAGAGGUCUUUCGCCCAGAAACCUUCAGCGAGAGAGUAGAGAGAAUAUUCCAGCUGGAAUAUAUCGAAGUUUGACUUAGUAUACAAUUAAGGGGUCCAAGAAGGUCUAAUGGACCCAAGUAGAUCUAGUCAAUCCAACUCCAACAAGAAAAAAAUACGUAUUCCUCAAGACAUCCCGAUCUGAACUAGCUCAUACAAAAAGGAUCAGCCAUUGAUGAUAGAUGUAUGCCACUCUCUUCAUGUUUCUAAAGCUUGCGCAGAUGUUCUGAUGUUCCUCACCUCUCUCUUGGUUCUGUAUUUCUUUUCGGUAUUUCUCCUCGAUAACCUCUUCGAGAGUGUCACUUUUGUGAUUCAUAGGCCAAUUUAAAUCACACUCAACCAAUACCCAGUGUCAUGCAUCCCACCUGUUUGGUUCUUCAAUUUCAUUUUAAUUGUCAGCAACUGUCCAGGUGGUGUGCGUUUAUCAAGUUUAGUGAAUGUGAGAUAUUUCAUAAUUGAACUGACGUGCAAAUGACUGCGGUGCACAGUGGCCAUUUUUAUUUUAUGUGACAAGUUGAGGGUGAGAUAGUUACUUCUACAGAAUGCGAGUUUUUCUUAUAUUUCAGUAUUUCUGGUACGUCUAAAGAGUGUUUCCUUGAUUCAUUAUCCAUGGGUAAAUAUUUGGUUUCCUUGUGACUAUCUAUACUGUUGCCUCUAAAUACAAUAAGUUCUACAGUAGGUUCCAUUUUUUCUGGUUUUCAUUCAGUUACCAUCAAUUUCUUUAGUUAUUAAAGCCUUUCUAUGUUCCAGGGUUGCAGAUGAUCUCCCACUUUAUGAUAUGCUAAACGAAUUCCAAAAAGGUCAUAGCCACAUGGCUGUGGUUGUGAAGCAAAUAAAGGAUACUAGCACAACAGUGGAAAAAUUCAACAACAACGGGUCUGAAACCAGAACCAAUCGGAGUCAGAGGCGGACUGAUGGUACUUUCCAUAAUUAUUUUCUUGUAACUAGUCUUUGAUCUUUGAGCUGAUAUGAAAUAUUGUGUGUCACAUCUGUAUCUGAGGAAGACUAAGUCUACAUGAUAUUAUGCCAUUUUUGGGGCUAAAAGGCCGAUUAUCAACUUCCAGGGGAAAGAAUGCGUAGUCCUGUUUUAAGAAGCAUGGACCAACGUGGAGAUAAUCACCCACAGAUAAAGAAAUGGGAGCGAUUACGACAGCAGAAUAUUCUUGACGAUUUGGAUUCCCUGCCAAGCUAUCCUCCCGAUGAGGAAGUCGUUGGUAUCAUAACAAUGGAAGAUGUUAUGGAGGAGUUGCUACAGGUUUGAAAUAUUAGAAUCAUGCAAUUUACUUCAAAAACUCUUGGAUAACUUGGGGUAUAGAUGACAUCUUCCGUUUGUUAGUGUGAUUAUGCUUCUACCUGUACAUGGUCAAAUCUGAUUUAGUGCUUACAUGGAAUGUAAUAUAGAUUUAGAUUACUCAUAAAAAUUUUAUUAUAUCUCUUCGCAUCUUCUAGCACAAUGGGUAUUAUGAUAUUGAUGAUUUUCGCUGGGAUGGGUUUCAUUUUGUUUCACUCUGGCUCUGCAUUAAAAUAUCAUAUUACUUUUGAGAAUAUCGGUAAAGCAUAUUAGUUACCAACCUGUCUUGGAUAGAAUUUCGUAAGGAUCGACCCCAAACUUGUACUUUGGAUCCAUAUUCUUUACGCUGAAAUAAUCAGGAUGUCACUUACAGUAAAUAACCUUCAGCGUAAUGUUGAAUGGCCAUCCAUGAGCAGACGAGAAUCGUAUGCAAUUGUUUGCCGAUGCUUGUGAGAUUUUCAAUUUUGUGGUCACAAGCAACAGCCAUUUGAGAAUUACUUACGUGUACUACUCUGGAUCAUAUUUCUUCAAAGGCACUGGAUGAAACUAUUCUCUUCUAACCUUCGUGAAAGUUCUCUCUUGUGGCCCUACACCUUCCUGACAUUAUACCUGAUUUUUUUUGAAGGAGGAGAUCUUGGAUGAAACGGAUGAAUAUGUUUACAUGCAUGACAGGUGA